CCUUUAAAACAGAAGUUAAGCCCCGCCCCUGUGAUGACGCAAGACUUGUUUGCCGGGUGACGCCGCUUGUACACGUCGCCUGAAGAUGGUGGCCGAGUGUCAUACUCGCCAUCCUGCGCAUUUCUAUGACUGAGUUCAACUCUCAAGUGAGAUCUUCUGAGUGACUGGUUGCAACACUGCUGCCAUGCAGCCUCCUCCUCAGACUGGACUUCCGAGAGCUUCCGGCCCCCCUCCUCCUUCUGGGCCCAAUAUGUUCCGCAGGACCAGGCCUCAAAAGGCUGCGGCAGGGAUAGCGUCUCACUCAAUGCCACCUUCUACCCAACCCAUGACGGAUCCCUUUGCUUUUGUCCGAGGUCCCCCUCCUUCUAUGGCUGCAGAUGGUUUCCCAGUACCAAACAGCACCUCUCUUUUAUUGCAAGCCCCACCUGACACCACCUCUACCCUGGUGGGUUUAGGUUUGCCUCCGCUGCCGCACACAUUGGAGAAUGUCCCAGCUGCUCCAUCUGCCCCCUUGCCGUCCUCUCUGCCCGGCGUGCCCAUGUUCAGCCCUCAUAGUGCAGCCAAUCCUGGAGCUUAUCCUGCCCCAAGUCAUACUGUUUAUGCCCCUUCACAUUCUGAACAGAGUUACCUUAACUCGAGAGCGCAACCGACAUUCAUGGCCACAGAACCGCCGUCUGUGCCGUCAGCUCCAGUACAAAGUCAGACUUUUAAUCAGGAUAUUCACGGGCAGUCUCCUCCUCAGUUUGUCUCCUUUCAGCCUUUGCCUCCUGCUACCACUUCUUCCCAUAGGUCUUCUGACCAUGGAAGUCGCCCCCCAUCUGUUCAGAAUUAUUUUCAGCCUACCAAUGACCCUCCACAACAGCCUUUUAUGUACCCGUCGAAUACUCCCACCCCUCCAACACAACUUGGUCAUCCCCAAAUACAGAAUCCUAUUCCUCAUCAGAACCUUGUAAACGCCCCCAGCUCUCAAUGGGCUGGACCAAAUACAACCCAACAGAAUAACUCACAUUCCCACAACCAGACCUACCAAAUGCCCAGUUCUGCCCCGCAUGAGCCAUGGUUCAACCAAGCGCCACGUGACCCAGCCUACCACCAAAUGGGAACUGCCCCGGUCCAUCUGCAGCCAAACUCUGAUAGUAGAGCCCAUCAAGCGUCAAACACAGCUCCCCAGAAUGGCGGCUCUGCCUCAGCAACAGUCUCAUACUCACAGAAUUCUGGCACACUCUCUAUGUUUUUUAAUGACAAUGAUGUAGAAAAUGAAGAAACUUUGGCUGGAGAGAGAAGUAAUGUCAUAAAUGGUAUUCCUGAAUCUUUGCAACCUGUGAGUAAGCCACGAGUUGUUCCACCUGCCCACAAUGUUCCUGCAGAUGUUCCGUUUGAUAACCAAGGAUCAUGUUUUCAGGACAAUUCUCACAUACCAUACAUGAGUGACGGAAAUGCCACACCACAUGCAAAUUCCUCUGAUUCCCAUUAUGACCAUGUAGAGAACUUUGAAUGUGUCCCAAAUCAGGAGGUAUUGCCCAGUGAAACUCAAGAUACUCUUGAAGUUAACACAUUUGAAACUGGGCCUAACCUGGAGACUCCUGAUUCUAUUCCCAGACCAAUGAGGUCUGCUAGUGCAUCAUCUAACUACAGUAAUAUGAGUCACGGAAGUGGGACUGUUAGCCGUCUACAUCCGGGUGUAGUUGGUACCUUUAUUCAGCAGGAAAGCCCUCGACCUACUGAUGAUACAAACUCUCCUCCUGCCACUUCUGCUGCUGCUGGAGGUUACUUUGAACAGAUUGACUCUUUUCCAGCUGGAGAUGUGGCAACGCAGCAGAAGUCUUCGGAGCAGAUGUUGUCCGCAACACCGAGCCCCCCAAAACCAACCGGCAACUUUCAGGCCAGUGCAAACAGCUCCUUUGAGCCUGUUCGCUCACAUGGGGUCGGGGUGCGGCCAAUCGAGAUUGAUAGAGCAAAAAUGGUUGCAGAAGCUGGCACUGACGCUGCUUCUGGCAACCUGGAGCAGCCACCAGAUAAUAUGGAAAAUAUUUAUGGGCCAGGACACCCUCUCCCUGUCGGUGUUCCUCACCUGUCAAACCCCACAGUUCAGUCACUCUCACGACCCUCAUCGCGUACUUUUGGUGCCAGUCGGCCAUGUGACAGCCCCGCUACUACUUUAUGGGCUCACGGUGACCCUACGAGCUUGGCCACUAACAUUCUUUUAGUGCCUGCCGCCCCGACUGUUCUUGCACCUCUAAGGGAGCCUAGUGCUGAUGUCAUUCAGCCUCCAGAGGAUGGCCCACUGGAACUUCAUCCUCAGAGAAUCCAACCAACACCACAGCAACAUUUAGAGAACCUUGAAAACCCACCAAAGGUGAGUGAGUUAGAUGCAUCAGACUCCCAAGGCAACCUGGGCUACGCCUCUCUCCUGCUUUCCGAUUCGCUACAGCAGCCUGUUCUGAUUGCGCCACCUGUGUCUAAUUACAAUGUAAUCCCCCCUACUGCCCCUGUGCAAGGGGCAAGUCAGGGUACCCCAACUGUGAGAACAAAAAGUGCAGGUACAUCCCACUCAACUGCACUGCCCCAGAAUCAGAAUCCACUUUGCUCACCUGCCUCUACCUCAAACCCUGCCCCGCUCGAUCUGACCCUCGACGGAGAAGCGGCAACUUCAGGAGUGGCUUCGUCACAACCUCAUACAGUCCGUCCGCCUUUUUCUCAAGGCCAGUCAUUGAGUGUAGACCCCCACUUUGGCCACCAAGUUAAUUAUGCGACUUCUCUUGCCGCUGCUUCUGUCACCAAUCACAAUCAGCCCUCAAAUUAUGAACUGCUUGAUUUUUCUAUGCACCAAUCACAAAGCAAAAAUCAAGCACCUAGCCAUCCUCCGGCUUUACACGAGUCUCCACAGUUUAGUAAUGGAUUUUACAUGCAGGUCACCAAAGAUGCACAGCGAGGGGUAAGAGUGGAAGAGAAUGUACAGGUACAGCCAGCUUCAUCAUCCACCACACAGGUGCCACUGGCAUCUUCAUCAAUUCCAGGAGCCCGACCGACGUCAGCUGCUAACACUCCGCAGCCACAACUGGAACCUCCAAGAAGGCCAGAAUCAAAUGAAACAACACAGAGACAAAGUGUGUCAGCUGUUCCAAUGGAGGGAGCACCGCCACUGUCUGGCCAGUAUCCAAAUCCAGUACUUGGUCCUGCCACUGCAGGUGCUGGUCCUGCUACUGCAGGUGCUCUUCCUGCUGCAGGUCCACGCCCUGCUACAGGUCCACCUGGACCUCCUGGGGCACUGCCUCAUGGGUCUUCCCAGCUAGCUCCAGCUGAGCCACCUCGACCACCUUCUUCUGCUGGCAGUCAGCAGGGUUAUGGUGUCCCUCAUCCUGGGUCGGGGCAGAUGUACGGAAGCUAUUAUGGAAGCUAUGGAGAAUACCCAGAUGGCCUAGCAUCGUAUGCUCCUGGGCCAUACCCACCUGGGGAUCCUAGAGCUCAGCAGUAUUAUCACGAUGGAUCAAAUAGAGGCAGAGGAGAUCCGUGGUUUGGCAGAUACGAGGGCCCGAACCCAGCAUACCGUGACCCAAACUAUCAGUAUAAAGAGCCUCAGCAGGAGCGACCCAAUUCCAGGGCUAGUCAGUAUUCUGAUAGACCACCAUCCAGGCAAGGCUAUCCUGAUGACUACCACAGAGCGAACCAAAGUGCCUAUGAUGAAUAUUAUGCAAAUUACGCCAAACACUAUGAAUAUGCAGGAUACAACUAUGGACAAAUUGAUCCCAGAUACAGAGCAUAUUAUGACCAGUCCUACUGGUCCACUUAUGAUGACAGCUACAGAGGGAGAGAAAACUACUACAAUCAACAAAUGUAUCCUACUAGGAAAGAAGGCUAUGAUGACCAGUGGCGGUACUACCCUGGUUAUGAUAGUAGUUUCGAUGAUGAUUACCGCCGGCGUGGAGAGGCAUACAAUGACGACUUUGACCGACGCAGUGUACAUAGUGAGCAGUCGGCACACAGCGGGCACAGCUCUCAUAGCCACCACAGCAGGCGUAGCAGUUUCAGCUCAAGGUCGCAACAGAGUCAGGUGUACAGGAGCCAGCCAGACUUGGUGUCAGCAGGCUAUGAUGCCACAUCAUCCACUUUAGCAGUGGAUUAUUCCUACGGACAGUAUCCCAACCAGACGGAUGCCUCCCAGAACUACGAGCAGUAUCUGUAUCCCUCUGGCUACAAAGCAGACAGCACCUGGGUUGCCACUGAACAGCCGCCACCACGUCCAGUAACCCCAGAGAAGUUUACAAUGCCCCACCGUUGUGCCCGCUUUGGACCUGGUGGUCAUCUGGUUCAGGUUCUGCCUAAUCUUCCCUCAGCUGGUCAACCUGCUCUUGUUGAUAUUCACAACCUUGAGACUAUGAUGCAGAAAACUUCGGAUCAGGAAGAACUACGAGCCUUUCCUGGACCUCUUCUUAAGGAGGAAACUCACAAGGUUGACGUUAUAAAGUUCUCCCAGAAUAAAGCACUGGCAUGUUCCUAUGACGACAACCUCUUAGACCGGGACUCUGCUCGCCUACUUUGGGACUUUAUUGUUUUGCUGUGUAGACAAAAUGGGACUGUAGUUGGCACAGAUAUUGCUGACCUGUUGUUGAAAGAGCAUCGCUCUGUGUGGCUACCCGGCAAGAGUCCUAAUGAAGCAAAUUUAAUUGAUUUCAACAAUGAACCACUGGCAAGAGCGGAGGAGGAGCCAGGAACUGGGCCGCUGUCCCUUCUGUCAGACACUUUCAUGACGGUCCCAGAAAACGUUGGCAAAGAAACUGAACGCUUUAGAGAGUUGCUAUUGUUUGGCCGCAAGAAGGAUGCACUUGAAGCUGCUAUGAAGGGAGGUCUCUGGGGACACGCCCUCCUUUUGGCCAGCAAGAUGGACAACAGGACACACGCACGUGUAAUGACAAGGUUCGCCAACAGUUUGCCUAUUAAUGACCCUCUCCAGACAGUGUAUCAGCUCAUGUCAGGGAGAAUGCCUGCAUCAGCUACUUGUUGCGGUGAGGCAAAGUGGGGCGAUUGGCGCCCUCACCUGGCCAUGGUGCUAUCAAACCUGACACACACGUUGGACCUUGAUACACGCACUAUCACAACUAUGGGAGACACUCUUGCUUCAAAGGGGCUCAUUGAUGCAGCACACUUCUGCUACUUGAUGGCUCAAGUUGGCCUUGGUGUAUACACGAAAAAGAGCACCAAGAUGGUUCUGAUAGGCUCCAACCACAGUUUGUCUUUCUUCGACUUUGCAACCAACGAAGCAAUCCAGAGGACAGAAGCCUAUGAGUACGCUCAAUCUCUGGGCUCCCAGCCUUGCUCACUGCCCAAUUUUCAGGUUUUCAAGUUGAUCUAUGCAUGCCGUUUGGCUGAAGCAGGUCUGAGUGCACAGGCCUUCCACUACUGUGAAGUCAUCUCUCGGACUGUCCUUAUGCAGCCGUCCCAUUACUCCCCCGUUUUCAUUAGCCAAGUCAUCCAGAUGUCUGAAAAGCUCCGAUUCUUUGACCCACAACUGAAAGAGAGGCCAGAGCAGGAAUGGUUCAAUGAGCCAGAUUGGCUGAUCCAGCUCAGACAGCUGGAUGGGCAGAUCAGGACUGGGGCAAUUACUUAUAACCCCGACAGAAUUACUCCAACACAGUUUUCCAGCAGCAGCCCAAGCUCAGAUCUCGAGCACCCCAGUCCAGCUGAACCUUACAACAUGUCAAUGGAUGUGGAUGGCCCCACCGCUGACAAUCCAUUGAUGAGCUCAUUGCUGCCUGGGUCUCCACCACAGGGUGUACAGCUGAUGCCGCCAGCUCCUACCUCCAUUCUCCAAGAUGGAAUGGCCCAGUCUCAGCCCCCUGGCAACAUGCCUGAAUUCUACCCAGUUCCACCAAGUGGAGCACCCGGACAUAUUCCUAUGUCAGGCUACCCUCCUCAGGAUCCCACAUAUGGUCAUCCCCACUUCCAUCCUCCACCUGAGCAGUCAGAAAUGUAUCCAGGAGCUUAUCAGCAACCAUGCCACUCACCCUCUCAAGUGAGCCAGAUGUCACCACUCAUGCCCCCACCCCAGGUGCCGCAUUCACCGGUGCAAAUGAGCCAUCAGCUGCCUGCGCACAUGCCACCGUCACCUGGGCAUGUUCCCUCCCACGAGCCCCCGUCUCACAUCCACCAUGAGAUGCAUAUGACUCAAUCAAUAUCCAGCUCCCCACGCAAAUUCUCCCUCACACCUCAGAUGGACUUCUAUGACCACAUGGCACAGCUGGGUCCCGGAAGGAGAUCCAGGACUACUUCGCAGUCUUCGGUGCACCGGGCUUCGGGGCGUCGUUCUCGUACUACAUCUGAGUCUUCGACUCAUUCCGGAGGGCGUGAGAGAAGUAAUUCGGCUGUCAAGCAGGCCUCUCCUCCGCCUCCCUCUAUUCCUGAACAGCCCCGCAAAGAGGAGACGAAGAAAGCUAAAAAGGACUCCCCCAAAAAGAGUGGUGGCGGCGUGGGCUGGCUGACGUGGCUUUACAGGAAGGGCAAGAAUGAGGCUCACUUACCAGAUGAUAAAAACAAAUCUAUUGUGUGGGACGGAACGAAGCAGAAAUGGGUAGACUUAAACGAGCCAGAGGAGGAGAGUAAGCUCCUUCCACCACCUCCUCCUGGGUUCCCCAAGAUGGCUCCCAUGCCUGCUGUUGCAGGGCCUGCAUCAUCCCCAAGCAGCGGUCCUCCAGUAAACAUGUUCUCCAGGAGAGCCGGCAUUAGGAGUCGAUAUGUGGAUGUGCUCAACCCCGGUGUAGCUGCUAAACCAGCCGGAUUGGCUCCUGCUCCUCCUAUGGACCUUUUUGCUCCUCUUGCACCAAUGUCAAUGCCUGCAAACCUAUUUGUGCCUAGUUCAGCUCCCUAUGAUCAACAACCUCUAGAGGGCAGUGAAGGGUCGAAUCAGGAACAGACCUCAUCAAACAGCUCGGUUCCACAGAUGUUCAAUCCAACGCUGUUACCGCCUGUCCCACAAGGUCCUUCUGUGCAUGAUGGGUCGCUUUCUGGAGAGCUCUCACGUUCUAGCUCAAUGAGUUCUUUAUCACGCGAAGUGAGUCAGCAUUUAAACCAGAGUCGUCCAAGCCUGAGGAAUGCAUCUGUAGGGGGUGGCACCUUUUCGUAACCUAUGUGAACACAGUGAUAUCUGGAGGAGUUGAUGAAGUGAACAUCUCGACUGUAAGCACUUGUUGGACUAAGUGUUUCGCUACCUGGAAGUCAACGAAGCAUGAAGAUGAGCUGCUGUGUGUCUGAAGGAACCUUUCUCGGAGAACGACUAUUCACCAUCGUGUCAGUCAACAGUUUAGCCACUUGUUCCUUUUGAAUUCCAUAAUGGCUACAAAUUAUAUUUUUUAACAAAUCUAGUGUUUUUUCUUGAGCAGAAGUCUCUGCUGCCUUCACAUAAACAUGCAGGCAUUACAUAGUGUACAAAUAAAAGCCCUCUCUGCUGUCCAGCUUCACUUUAAUCACAAGCAGCAUCCUGUAUCUUCUCAGUCUUGUGUCUUAAAAGUCCAAUAGUUUGACUGAUUUUGUGUGAGAUGGAUAGAGAGAAAGAAGCACCUUUUUAUAAGUUUCCUAUUGUGGUGUUGUAUGCCGUUCUUCAGGGUUCCACUGGAGACAGCAUGCUGUGUGCAAGAAUGACCAGUGUCUGUAGUGCGUUGUCUGCUGUGUUGUGUGCUUUCCCUCCUGUCAAUGACUACAAGCAAACAGACUGGAGUUGGACUAAUUCAGCGAUGUGAAGAUGCCGCAUGUUUCCACAUAAUUUAUUUCAUGUCCUCCUUUCAAUCAAUGAGUCAACUUUGAAGGGCUUUUGGUCCCAGUUUGGACCAAAUAUUUCCCGCCCAAUGAGUAGUGUCUUCGGACCAGCAGGAAUCAUGAACAGUGCUAAAAAUAAAAAAUAAAUAUAUCCAAAUAUUUGUAUAUUUUAUUGAUUGUAUUAAUGGGCUUUAUGCAUAAAUAAGUGUGUAAGAGAGAGUGCAUGUGUGGAGAACUUAAUUUGUGUGUGUAAUUAGCUUAGAAGAGAAACAUUUGAUCCACCACAAAUGUCAUGAAUUUUGUGUUUGUAUUAAUUGCCCAUCCCCCAAAUCUACAUUGUAUAUGAAGAAGUGUACUUUCAAGUACACAUUGUAAUUUAAUGACAGUUUUAAUUGAAUCAUAAUUCCUACACUCACCUCAUAUUUCAUUAAGUUUAUUUGUGAAUUUGUAAUAUUUGAAAUGGUCCCAAUUUGUUUCAGGAAAGCAAGCUUUCAUUUGAUCAUGUAAAAACACAGACAAGUACUGAAUAAAAAGGUAUUUUUGUGUUA